UCAGGUAGGGUCUCAUUUUUGCUCAGGGCCAGCCUUAGCUCAUUAAUCCUCCUACCUAUGGCCUCCUUUGUAGCUGGGACUACUGGUGGGCACCACCAUUCCCAUCUUACUGAUUGAAAUGGGUUCUUGCUAAUUUUUUGCCAGGGCCAGCCUUAAACCACAAUGCUCCUGAAUGUAGCUGAGCUUACCAGGUGUGAGCCACCCCACCCAGCCGGUAUAGUUUUUAAGUCAGUUAUUUAAAUCAUUUUAAGAAUAUAAUUUCUCAAAUCUAGAAGAAAUGUUUUACACUGUUGGCAGAGUUAAAACUUGAAUGUAAGUCUUCUGACUUGGUAUUUUCAAAAGCAUUUUGUGUAGCAUUUGGAAUAAUUAAAUGGAAUUUGGGGGUAUGUUAUUCAGAGGCAUUUUAAAGUAUUUUUUUUUAUUACAGGGGAUUGAAAAUACAGUUUUUACUCUCAGUGAAGGACAUUCAGCUCAAAUUUGUACUGUACAGAUGGAUAAAGCCAGGCUACAUUUAAAAUUACUUGACUAUCUUAACCAUGAUUGGAAAAGUGAAUAUCAUAUAAAACCUAAUCAACAAGACAUUAGUUUCAUCAGUUUUACCUGCAUUGCAGAAAUGGAAAAGACUGAUUUAGAUAUUGCUAUUCAUGUGACUUAUAACACUGGUCAGACUGUUGUGGCAUUUCAUAGUCCAUAUUGGAUGGUCAAUAAAACAGGCCGGAUGUUACAGUACAAAGCAGAUGGAAUCCAUCGGAAGCACCCACCUGAUUAUAAAAAGCCAGUUCUCUUUUCUUUUCAGCCAAAUCACUUUUUUAAUAACAAUAAGGUUCAACUUAUGGUAACCGACAGUGAGUUGUCAGACCAGUUUUCAAUUGACACUGUUGGUAGUCAUGGAGCCAUUAAAUGUAAAGGCCUAAAAAUGGAGUACCAAGUUGGUGUCACAAUAGACCUCAGCAGUUUUAAUAUUACCAGGAUUGUGACAUUUACGCCUUUUUAUAUGAUUAAAAACAAAAGCAAGUAUCAUAUAUCAGUGGCUGAAGAGAGGAGUGAUAAAUGGCUCUUUCUUGACUUAGAACAGUGUGUCCCCUUUUGGCCUGAGGAUGCUUCCAGUAAACUUCUUAUUCAAGUUGAAGGGAGUGAAGGUCCUCCCAAAAGGAUAUAUCUUAACAAGCAAGAAAAUUGUAUUUUACUGCGUCUGAAUAAUGAGCUUGGAGGUAUAAUAGCAGAAGUUAAUUUGGCUGAGCAUUCUACAGUUGUUACAUUUUCAGAUUAUCAUGAUGGAGCAGCUACAUUUUUAUUAAUAAAUCACACCAGGAAUGACCUUAUUCAGUACAAACAAAGUUCUCUCAGUGAAACAGAAGAUUCUCUUCCUCCUGGAAAAGCAGUGUUUUAUGCAUGGGCUGAUCCAGUGGGCUCUAGAAAGCUGAAAUGGAGUUGUGGAAAAAGCCAUGGAGAAGUAACACAAAAGGAUGUAAGUAUUAGGUUGACCAUUAUGGUGUUAUUUGUAGCCUUUUUGUUUCUUUUAAAGGUACUGUUUUUCAACCUUGCUUACUUUAAGGGCUGUUUUGUGGCUACACUUCUAAGAAAACUGCCAAAAAUUUAAAAAAACAAAAACAGUAUUCAAGGUUCUUUUCUUUUUUGAAUUUUUACCUUAAUUAGGUUUUCAUUAUUUCAUAUUCCAACCCGAAGCUAAAUACAGUUGGAAACAAGUAAG